GCAGCAGCAACAACAACAGCUGCAGCAGUUCAAACAACAGGCGCUGCAACGACAUGUUUUGCAGUUCUCUGGACAUCUGGAACAACUUUCGAUCCUGUAUUUCUUACGACGAGAUCUGGAGCAAGUAAAACGUGUAUUAGCAGACCAUCAUGACCAGGCGAAGCAGUCAAGCACAGCGCAACAACAGAACAGGCGAGACAACGGCCGCUACCCCAAAGAAAGGGCAGACCGGCAAGGAGACAGCAACGUUGACCGAGACCGAGACGGUCGGAAGGACCGAAGUCGCGGCGACAGAAGCGACGAAACAAGAGACCGUGAUGGUAAUAAUGACAGGGACCGUUCGAGGAGCGGCGACAGAAGAGGCGAAACAAGAGACCGUGAUGGUAAUAAUGACAGGGACCGUUCGAGGAGCGGCGACAGAAGAGACGAAGCAAGAGACCGUGAUGGUAAUAAUGACAGGGACCGUUCGAGGAGAUGCUCGCGGGAGAGGAGAGAAGACGGCUGUCAUCGUCCGUCCAGGAGCAGGAGUGAGCAAGCCAUUCCCCCGAGCCCAGAGCCCAUCACUAUGCAGGUCCCAAAGAUGCAGAAUCUGGUCAACUUACCCGGAAAUGUUGGCAACGACUUCUUCAAUCCUGCAAGCUCUAGGCUUGAUUCCUCGCCCCAGGCAAUGAUCGGUUCUGGGAACUCCGCCGCUGUGGGGCUACACUCAGAACGGCAUUUCCCUGCGUCUUCAUGCUUCAACACAUUGGGCUGCCCUGGCAUAUCACAACAACAACAACAUGGUGCGAGACCCACGGGCUCUGUCGUGGUGAAGCCCACGAACGCUGGAGGUGUUGUCGGUGGUCUUAUUCGUGGUACGGCGCUGCCCAUCAAGAUGUCAAGCAGCCCUCUGCAGCAGCAGCAGGUCUGUAAGAGUUCCUCCAUCACCAUUACGUCUCCAGCCAAUCUGCCCUCCUCUCUUCAGUGUAAUACGAACCUUUCCCCGAAUCAGGCAUCUUCAGUUCACUCUCUCCCCGUUAAUGUUCCAUCGUGUUCGUUGAUGGGUCCAUCUUGCACGUACAUCUUCCCUGGAGGCGUCAGCACCAUGGCUCCUUCUGUGAACAACUCCCUCAGACCGCAGCUCGCGCCCCCACCUUACACUUCAACCGCCAUGAAUGUCCUCAACAUCCCUAUUUCUGCCCCUCUAAAAGUUGCUGCGUGCAGCGGAGGUGACAUUUCGAACACUUCGCUGUCACACAUCUCCCAAGCUCCUAAUAUAGUCGCUUCGUCCAGCCCUGCUGGUACCUACAGCAGCAACUUGAGCCUCCAGUCUUCCUUGCCAUGUACCUCCACAAUGACAAGCUCUUCUUCUGUCCUUGCAGCCACUAGUGGAUCAGCUACUCUUCCUUAUGACAAAACUGAAGUCAUGAACUUCAUCAAGCAAGAACCUAUGGAUAUGGACGUCAAGAAGGAGCCCUUGUCAACUGAGGGCUCUGACGUCAAAGUAAAGAUGGAGAUCAAGACCGAAGUUAAAGAUGAGCUUAGUAACUUAAAAUCACAUCAAAAGCAGAUAGUAACUUAAAAUCACAACAUGCUUUUGGGGUAACCCGUGAUUGAAUCAAAAUCCGUUCCUAGCAGCUCAAGAUAAUAUGUUGGGUUACAGAUUACUUUGCUUGAUACUGUGUGUUUCCAGAUAUGUAUAAUUUUUUAUCAUUCAAAUUAAAAAUGGUUUUAGGUACAGGUACACUCCCUCAUGCAUAUUGUCCAGCGCUCCGUUGCGCCCGUGCAACUAACUUCUGGUUGUGCCGUUCUAUCCUGGGGCAUUUGAUCGUGGGCUGAUUUGAUGUCAGACGGUUUUCCUGUGAGCCGAUAUGAUGCCGGGCGGUUUGAUCUUGGGCUGAUUUGAUGUCAGGCGCUUUGAUCGUAGGCUAGGCGUUCUGAUUUGGGGGAUGGACGAUGGCGACUUUCCGUUGUGGUAAAUUGAUGCUGUCAGCAAUUGUUUCAGAUUUUAUGACUACUUGUAAUGCAUUUUACUCAUACUUCUAAAUUUGAAUAACUGGGAUUUUUCCUGCUUCAGAAAUAAAUAUUGAAUAAAAGAUGAGCAAAAUAUUAACAUGUAGUUUGGGAUAAUAAUUGGUGUGUACAUCAUAAUAACUUGUAGUUUUAUGGUACCUGCAAAUUCAAUGAGGCUGUGAUUUC